AUGUCAGAAGCUCGCCAGCGGCACCCCCCUCCUACGCCCAAUCCACCGCCUCCCCGCCCGCCCUCCCGCACCGCAACAACCCCCCCGCCCCACACCCCGCAAGCCCCCGAGAAGCCCGUCCUGACCCACGCCCGCGCCCUCUACCGCUAUGCGGCUAGCGACGCGCGCGACUGCUCCUUCGAGCGCGACGACCGCAUCGCCGUGUACGAGUACAUGAACGCGGACUGGUGGAUGGGAAGGAAUCUGCGCACAGGCCAGGAGGGCAUCUUUCCGAGGAGUUAUGUCGUCGCCGUGGCGGCGGAGGAGAAGAGGGCGCCGGGGUGGGGGCAGCAACAGCAACAGCAACCGUAUCAACAGCCGUAUGGGCAGCAGCCGCAGUAUCAGCAGCCGCAGUAUCCCAUGGCGCCGGUGCCCGUGCAGGGAUAUCCGGCCGCGCCGCCGCCGGGGCAGCCGCAGCCGCAGCACCAGCCGCAGGAAGGGGAGGGUGAGGGAGAGAGUAAGAUGGGGAAGCACGGGAAGAAUAUCGGGAAGAAGUUGGGGAAUGCGGCGAUUUUUGGGGCGGGCGCCACGAUCGGGAGUAAUAUUGUUAAUUCCAUCUUUUAG